AUGUCGGAUCAUGAAUGUACUAGUGAGACAUCCUGUUGUGUUAUUGCUCCAAUAUUAACAAGUCAAUAUUCAUUUUGGCUCUAUAGAGAUGAAAAAAUUGAAGUACUCAAUUUAUUUAUACGUCCAAUGAUAUCUCGUGAUAUCUAUGAUUUAAAAGCAUUCUUUACUAAUUGUUCAAUAUUUCAAAAUGCAGCAGUUGAUUUUUCAAUGUAUUAUUAUUCAUUUCGACCAAAACAUUCAUAUGUGAUUGUAUCUAAACAUGGUUUAUUAGCUCAUGCAUCAAUAAAACAAUGGAAUUUUAAUGACGAUUUUACUCCACCCAUUCUUAUGCUUGGUCUUGUUUAUGUUCGUAGUGAUUAUCGUAAAUUUGGUAUUGGUGAAUUAUUAACAAAUUAUGUUUUUAAAAUCAAAUCCAAUGAAACAAAUCUGAUUCAUGCUAAUAUUUUACCAAAACAUUUACCAUUUUAUAUUCGUUAUGGUUUUCAAGCAUCUUUUACAUUAGUUAAUCUUAUUGGAAAAUUAAGUGAAUUUUUAAAUGCAACACUUGCUAAUGAAGAUGAUAUUCAUUUACAAUUAUUUGAAUCAUCUGAUAUACUUGAUAUAGCUACUUAUGAUCACCAAAUAUAUCCAACAUAUCGAAUACAAUAUUUUGAACAAUUACGUGAACAUACAUAUUCAAUAGCUGGUUAUGUUGCACGUUCAAUAAAAACAAAUUCUAUAUUAGGUUAUGUUAUUUUAAAUUUUAGUCAUGCGUUUAUUAAAUGUGGACCAUUAUAUGCUGAAAAUUCAAACAUAGCUUUAUUAUUAUUAAGACAAUGUGCUGUUGAUUAUGAUGGUAUGAUGUUACUAUCAUUACCUGAAGAUAAUCGAAUAGGAAUAAAAAUGUUUGAAUCAAAACAUUUUAAACAAACAGAAAUUCUACAUCGUGUUCAUACAGGAAAUCAAAAUAUAUUUAAUGAUAAAUGUUUUCAACGUAUUUGGGCAAUAACAGAUGAUUGGCUUUCGUUAAUAUAG